GAUGUUAUCAUUGACACCAUACAUAAUGAGCGGUUGUUGUUUGAAGCCGGCUGCUACACGUAUCAAAUAAUCAAUUGUUAUUCAUUGUAAUACUGCUGCAUCACGCGCCCUGUUUCAAAGUCAACAUGGCGUCAGAGAGUCCGUCAACAUCUCCAGCAGCUGUUGCUGGAAGUUCUUUUUUCAUCGAAAACCUGUUGAAUCAUUCAGUUAGAACAGAGAAAGAAAGGCACCCCGACAGUUCAGCAUGCAAACUUUUGAAUUAUUCCUUUUCCAGUCCAUCCUUGGCAAUUGUUCCUGGGUCUGUCUCUCAGCGUUCAUACAAUGGGCUAAACUUCCCUCUGUGUACUAUUCUCUCGAAAUUCAACUUUGGUGAAAUUUUUUACCCUCACUCAGUGAAAAUUUUCGGCCAUUCUCCAGUUUCAAACAGCAGACAUCCACUAGACGAAGUGCCUUUCCAAAGUAAACGAAGAAGGCCAAUGAAGAAAAGGAAGCAGCGUCAAUUAUUUUCAGCCAACCAGAUUGAGACCAUGGAGAAGGAGUAUACAAAAUGCCAGUAUGUGACUGAAAACAAGCGGGCAGAGUUAGCUUCAGUAUUAAAUCUGACGGAGAAGCAAGUGAAAACCUGGUUUCAGAAUCGAAGAACAAAGUCGAGGAGGGAAGCUCAAGACAAACAAAGAGUGUUAGUCCUCGGAAAUCAGAAGGCGUCCUUUAGCAUUCUGUGACCGACAUUUGCUCCAAAGUGACCGGAAUUUUCCAAAGCGGGAACACGGAGUGUAUUCAGUAUUCUAUUGUGCCCAAGUAGUCCGUCAUAUUUGCCUCUUCAAGGCCGUUUAGCUGGAUUAUAAUGGAGUUAUUAACUUAACACUUAAGUAUGUAUGAAGGACAAAUGGAAGUGUAAAGUAUCGGUUCAAAGAACUCUCGUCCCAACUGCGUUCAUAACAUGGCUUGGCUGUUGUAAUUAGGAACCUAAAAAAUUGAUUCUCAUCAUUUUCAGUUGUCAACAUGCAUUGUAUAACCUUUCAAUGAUAAACUCCCUUCCUAAGUGUUUGACAGGUAUAUUGGCCCUAUUGUAAUUUUAAAAAUAUCUGCGGUUUUGGUGGGCGUCUUGGUGAGCGCCGUUAUUUACAAGAACAUGUUACAAUCACGGUCUUUCAACGGACAAAAUAACGACGGAAUUUACAGAUUGAAUGUAUACAGAAUAAAGGGAUCCCACUUAUUUUAGAGACAUACACAAUAAAUUACAUUACUUUGGCUUUGUUUUCCAUAAUGAAAUAGAGUUACAUUUACAAUUAUUGCAUGGAAUAAGUUAUAUUUCACUAGAUAUUAAAAUUUUAAAAGUGUUUACUACAUUUUUUAGUUUACUUUAAUGUAUAACUUUGUCCAGUUAGUUGCGAAUUUUCCAUCUCCAUACAAACUUUUGAAACUGCUGAGAGACCUACUUCUUCGCCCUGAAAGUUAUGCUGAUAGUGCUCACGAAUGGACAUGGAAAUUGCUCUACAUUCCAGGCCCAACUCCCUAUUAAGCGACAUGAAAUAAGAAAACUACACUAAAAUAGCAUGAUGAAAGUGUAUUGACGGCGCAUAAAUUACAUAUAUUAGAGCUUUACAAUCGGAUUUAGAGUACCCU